GGAGGUGCGCUUGGGGUCCAGAUUGGCUGAUGAAUAUGUAUAUCCGCAGCGCCUCCUUCACUCCGAAGACUUUCACUUUCCCCCUUGCGCAAAACCGAACAUCCCACCCCACCCCCACCUCCAAGCUAAAAUACCUGGGCCACCCCUCCCCACGAAGGGACGCGCUCCAGGCGAAUGGGGAGGGCCCGGAAGUCCGGCCCGGGACGGAGGAGCCGGCCCACCGCCUCCCGGUCGGAAGCGGCAGUGCAGGUGAGGCCGCGGCCAGCCUCGGGACUGCGCGGGUAAGGAGCGGGAGGGCCGACUGCACCGCGAAGUUGGCGGGGGACGGCCGCGCACGCCUCGUCUCGGACUUCCUGCCCCGUAGAGGCGCCGCCCUCCCGCCACCCCAGGGCACCUGCCGACCACGUCUGGGCGGGGGCGGGCCGGCUCCCGCCCUCGGGCCCUCACCCCACCCCGGCCAGCCGCGGCGGGGACGUCGGGUCAGCGAAGGGUUAAGGGACUUGCUCCCUCUUCUCGGCUCCCUCACCCUUGGAAAGUCCCCGAAAUGACGUUUCAACCCGACAAUUUAAAAAAGAGUUUAAUUAUAGAGACAGGCUCUGGGAGCUGGAACAAACUCUCGGUCGGCGGGGCCGGUAAACAACUCGGGAGCGAGCGGGCUAGGCCAGCCGCAGCCUUGCGGAGCCCGCGCCCCUGGGGAGAGGGGGAGGGGAGGGCCGCCGGGAGUUGGAAAAGCCGAGGAAAUUCGAGGAAUCAGCUUUCUUUGGAAAAACCCACUUUGUAGCCAUUCUGGGGCGCCUGAUGGUGCUCCUGGCCGGUCCCGCAGCCUUGGAGCGAAAGCGGCGCCGCCCGAUGCAGGGGCACAGCCGGUGCCCCGCGGGGACAGGCCCUGGGCCGGGAAGGGUCCCCGCCCGCUCCCAGUCCCCUUCCCCUUUGCUUUUUUCCAGCCCCUCCUCCGGUCCCCCAAGCUGAGCUUCGCGAACCCUCGGGAGUUAAAGACCCGCCGGCCCUUUCUUUUUGGGGGGUGGGGGAGCGGGAAUGGGUGGAGGCCGGGGGAAUAAAAAACCGAAAUAGCUUCACAUCAGAACUCAGACUAACCUUGUGGUUUCAACGCGCACCCUGCUCUGUCCUGAAAUCUGGAACUCAUUACCUCAUCACCAAGAAACUGCACGAAAUCUUCCCCCCCGCCCCAACACCCACUUGGGCUGGGAAAAGAACGAGCAAACAUCCCUGUAAGAAAGAAACCUACACUUGAAUGAUUUAAAUUAAGGUGGAUGGAAGUUAUUUCCCUUUCUGGCGCUUGCCAGAUUUCAAGAAAAGCUGAAAAAUGGGAGCAGGGGGAGGGAAGCAACAGGCGGCUGCAGGGCAGCAGCCGGGUUAAAGUGGGGGCCAUCCAUUUCAGGCAGAAGAGACGAACGAAAGCCGACGCCGCUGGGAUCACGUAGGUUCGUGGCUGCAGCAAACGUUGUGUUUCGCAAAGUUGAAAAACAACCGGUUUCUCAAACAGUUGUGAUUUGGAAGGUUUCGCUGGGUUUGCCCAGAUGUUGAUGAAUAAAUAAGAAAUGCAUUAAAAAAAAAAAAAAAAGUGUGUGUUGGGGGUGGUGAGAGUGUGACUCGAGCGCUCUCUUCUGCCCGCCCCGUCCUUUCCAAAGAAACGUGCUCAUGAUGGGGUGACCUAAUUACAUCGCAAUGGAACUCAAUCUUAGCCACACCAGCACCGGGUUUCAUAACAGACUCGGCGGCCUCGAGUGCUGGGAAGAAACGUGCGAGGGCCGAGGGGGCGGCGGGGCCCGCGUGGAAAUCGGAAAAAAGCGCAGCCCUGCGACUUCCGCCCGGGUCAUCACACCAGCACUCGGGCCAAGGCGCAAGGGGCGGGUGGGGGACACGAUAACUUUUUAUUUGGGUGGGUGGCAUCCAAACCUAACAGUAUAUAUUUUAUCAUUUUCAAGGGAGUCAUGCUCCAUUGCGGGCCCUUCGGUUUCGUGGCUCCCAUGCCCCCCACUCCACCUCCCGCCAAAACGGCGCAGCGUGACAAGCCAUACGUUCCACUCCCGUGGGGGCGAGAGAGAAGUAACAAGUUUAAAGUGCCGCCUCCGUCCACCUCUUUACCUUCAUCCUUACCAAAGUAACCUUUUUUCAUUGUUCUAGAGUCUUGAGGUGUGUGGGGGGAGGAUGGAGGAGGAGGGAGGGUUGUGGCGCCGCCUAGAAUUCAGAGCGCGCGUGGAAAGUAGUGAGUUAGUUGCUCGGUGGGCUUUUUCUGGGAGGAAAGGGCAUUCAGGAAGGAUUAGGGUUUUCUUGACUAAAGUUUAAAGAUUGGAUGCGUGAAAAGAAACGCCGCGCCUAGGCCUGGUAAAACAAUCGGCCCUGGUUGUGGUCUUUUUUUGCGACGCCCCCCACCCGCCCACACCCGGAGAGCGCCGGCUGCAAAGCGAGCGCGAGUAUCGACGCGUGCGGCGCGCUAAACUGUGCCGCGCUCGCCCCCGCCAGGCCGUGUCCUCCUGGGGGAAAAAGUUUCCCUAGUUCCCCCCGCACCGCGCCCCACCCUACGCCCCGCUGGAAAAAAAAACAGCAACAUAAAAUCCUAGACUUGAACGUUCUGUGCGUCCCAAAUUUCUAAUGUCCUCGGCCUGCCGGGUUAGCGGAGGGGAGGCGAGUGUAGAAGAGAAGUCGGGAAAAGGUAAGUUGUGCAGACACUUGGGGAAGUUUCAAGGGGAUCACCAGCUCAAGAUGGAAACCGCGGACCGGGCGCUAAGGACGGGCUUCAGCUCCCGCUGGCAAAAAGAGAAAGUCGAGCCCGCCUUCCUGCCCAACAAAAAACAACAACACGACAACAAGAACCCCGGAGGGAGUGGAAUGAGUGACGUCACAGCCGCGCUCUGAGGCUGACAAAGGAGGGGGCGCGCCCCUCCCGCUCUGCGCCCGCGCAGUCCCGGAGAGGGGCGCCUGAAGCGCGGGGUAGGGAAGUCAGCCGACUCGAAACUUUUCCUCUUUAAGAAAAAAAAAAAGUUGUGCGCGGCUCGGAGUGGGGUUUUUUUUUUUUUUUUUCCGCCUUCUUUUCUCGUCUCCCCUCCCCCUUCUUCCUUUUGAAAGUUUCUUCUCCUCCCCCUGCCCCCGCUCCCCGCCUGACCGCAUGGCUGAUUCAACUCCAGUGUCAAUCAACUUCUUUUUCCUCCUCUUCCUCAUUUAAAUAAGUUUAAAGCUCCUCCUCCCCCCGGCCCACCAAAUCAGAAACUUUAUAAAUUGGGCUUUGCGCGCCCCAGCCCCGGAGUCAGAAAGGCGAGGGGCGCCGGGAACGGGCGUGUGGGACUCCAGACAGGAGAGGCUGCGCCUUCCCCGCAUCGGGACCUUCGCGACACACCAGAUCCUCGCCCCUGGCCCGCGCGAGCGCACA